AUUUUCGAGCGGCAUUUUUUUCUUAAUGGAAACUUAUUAUUGGGUUUAUUAAUAAAAAAAAGUUGAAAAUUAAUAACUCCAAGAUAGUCAAGUCGAGAGUUUAAAAAAAUUAUUUAAUUUCCCACCGAAAUGGCGACUACAAAAAUAUUUGUGGGAAGCCUACCGCCGGGCACAAAACCCGAGGAACUACGACAUCUUUUCGAAGACUAUGGUGUUGUUGUGGAGUGCGAUGUCAUGAAUCGGUGUGGUUUCGUGCACAUGGAAACGAAAGAAAUGGCAAACACUGCGAUUACCGCCUUAAAUGCAAUAGAAUUCAAAGGACAAAUCAUUGUAGUGGAAUUAGGAAGACCUAAGGAUAAGAAGCCAAGCGGAGACAAAACACAUGGUGGAAGAGAUAGGGACAUGAGUUCAAGAGGAGGCAGUCGUGGGAGUGCUGCACGAGGCGGAGGCAAUAGAAAUAGUGGACCAGGGAAUCGAGGUGGCGGUAUGGGUGGGAGGGAUGGCGGAAUGAUUGGUGCUGGUAAUGCUAGACCAAAUUUUGGUAACGCUGGUGGACGCGGCGGCCAAAAGAAUAAAUUUAAUCAAAACGUUGGUCCCAUUAGAAACGAUAAUUUCAAUCAACAACGUAACAUGCCUUAUCAAAGAAGAAAUCCGCAGAAUGCUAUUGGAAGUAGUGGAACAUUUGGUGGAAAUCAAAGAGGCAACUUUAACAGUCCUUCUAUUGGUGGAUCUAGACGGUUCGGACCCGGCGGUAUUGAUGCAAAUCAAAAUUUUCACAAUCAAGAAGGACAGAUUGCUGAAGGCAAUGGACACUAUAGUGGUGGAAUGAAUCAUUUCAAUGAUAAUGAAGGAGGAUUUGGAAAUAAUUUAGGAGGUAAUUUUAGUGGAAAUUUUGGAGGAACCCUAAGUGGAGGAUUUGGAGGUGCACCUAAUAAAGUCCUCGGAGCGCAGGAUAGGCGUGGGUUUGCAUUAUCCACAGGCGGACGUGGCGGAAGCCAACGCUUUGGUAGUAGUGGUGACACUGGCGGCAGAUUUGGCGGCACUACUGCUGGUGCCUAUGGAGGCAUGCAAAAUACGGCGUCGGACGGUCUCUUCAGCAGAAGGAAUAACCAUCCAAAUAACUCUGUAACUAAUUUACACGCACAUGGAGGAUUCCAAAGCGGUUUUGGUGGUGGACGAAGCGGCGAUAACCCAAAUUUUAGAGGCCGUGGUGGAUUUAGACGUGGUGGUGGCGCAAGUAUUGGUCCCGGCGGAGGGGGUGGUUCAAACCAUGAAAGUUUUCCAGCGCCGAGUAAUUACAACAGUAACUUUCCGCCCUUAGGAGUACCAGGAGUUGGUAGGGGUCGUGGAGGGGGUGGACGUGGUGUUCGCGGUGGUGGAAUACAACGCAAUGGCCCUCGACAAAAUAUGAUGCCCAAUCAACGCUUUUAAAUAUAUGUAUUGUCCAACAAAAGAGCAUAAGCGAGUUCACCCAACCGUUAAUCUUGAGUAGACAAAGUGGAGUAUGUAUAUGACAGUUAGAAGAACUAAAUGAAUAGGAAAGGCAUAUAAGAAAGCGUCCAUGGGCGACAACUUUGAUGUGCAAAGUUGAUACUUAGCUCAUGUAAAAUAGAAAUAGAUGCAUACUGAAUCAAACUAUUGUAGUUUUAUAAAUUUAAAAAAUUGAAAAAAUAUAACAAAUUAAUAUAGUUUAUAAGCUACACCGCAGUACGGUGAAAACCAAUGCAUAAAUUAACAAUCACGUAUAAAACUAACAUAUUCUAAAUAUUUAUGAAAUGAAAUAGGAAAAUUACAAGUUACUGACAAUAUUGAAAUUUUAACAUUAAAACUACUGUUCAGUAUAUAAUUUUAAAUCUGAAUCUUCUAAUGACACUUAACGGUAAAUGUACAAAUCUUCACCCUGUGCGCAGAAUUAUGCGUAAAUUAAAUUAUGUAUUACGACUACAUAUACAUAGGAAAUACCUAAAACUUGACCGAUUGUUGAUUUAUUUUCUAUUAAAAAGUAUGUGUGAGAUAUGCCUAAUAAUACUUAAAUUUGUACAUAACCUAACAGUAAUCGAAGCUGGGGAUGUGCGAUUCAGUAAUUAAUCUGAAUGUGCUGAGUGCUAAUGUACGCUUAAAUAUUUAAAUAUAAACAGUGAUCCCUCAUUACAAAGCUGGUAAAUCAAACUUUAUAGUUAAUUAAAAAGGAAUGUCUGAAAUAUAUUUUAAUUUAUUUGAAAGCUUCAUUUUUUCAUAUAUAAUAUAACCAUUUGUUGCAAUAUAAUUGAGGAUUAAUUUCUUUACGAUAAUUUGAUUUGUAUAGUUUCGUUAGUUUAGUCGAUACCAAAAAAAAAAAAACAGAUUAUCAAAUAAACAGUCAAUCUGCGAAUGACAAUGAAGAAAAUAAAUUUAUAAAAAUAGCAAAAACAUAUCAAUUGAUUUCCUAUAUAAAUAGCAUUUUAGUUAUGUAACUACAUAUAAGCACGCAAAUAUCUGCUCCAUGUUGUCCAUGAUAAGCGUGCAAAAAAUAAACACUUUAAUAAAAUAAAUUUAACAACUAAA